AUGAAUCACUUUCUCAACGUUAUUGUCAAGAAUCUUUUAUUGCUUUUAGGAACAACAUUCUCCUUUGGAGAUGAUGACCUGUCCUACUUAAAAAAUGCAUCUCAAACACUGACUCGGACCUGUUCAAUCAAAGAAGUUGACCAGUGUGGACUUUACGUAGCUGCUAACGCUUUAGAUAGAAAUAUGAGUACGUGCACAAGGUCAGAGCUGAUAGGUCUUUCUUCUCCGAAUAAGGAAGUGAUGUGGUACGUGGAUCUUGGUGAAAUCUACAGUGUUUACAGCAUAUCCAUACAGUUUAAAGACUACGGUCCUAGUUACGUUCAAAGACAAAGAGGUAGAUUUGCAGGUUUCUCUCUAUAUCUUUCAAACUCAUCAUAUAAAGAAAACGGUUAUCUUUGCUAUAAAGAUGGUCCACAGUUACCGCCACUUAACUUUACAACAACAUGCAUUAAACAUGGCCGAUACAUCAUCUAUUACAACGAAAGAUUGGACAGUGUCAGGUACCCAGAUGAGUAUCAGCCAACAUCCUUCGCUCAACUGUGUGAAGAUGUAAAUACCAAUGAACCUAUGGUGAACGAUGUCACUUUAAUUGCUCUGAGAAUUGUCAAGAAAACCGAUGUGAUAUUGUCAAAGGAACUUGUCUUGGAUGCAAGCUUGUGUGGGUUAGAAUGA